AUGCAGAUAUCACCGCGGACGUUCGACGCGGAGAUGCGGUAUCUGAAACGUCGCGAUGAACAGUCGUGGUCAAUUGCGAAGGGCUUUGUGCCCGGUAUGCGCGUGCCGGGCGUUUUUUUCGUAAAUUCUGCGUUGGAGUCACUUGUUUUUGACGAGCUUCGACAUCACAGUGAUUCGUCAGGCUACGGCGGUUUUCUACCGGCAAUCAAGCAACUUGCGAAUGUGGCCACCCUACCUGGUAUAGUGGGCGAGUCUGUGGGGCUACCGGACAUUCAUAGUGGUUAUGGAUUCGCAAUUGGUAAUGUGGCGGCUUUCGACUGUGGUGACUCCGAGGCAGUAGUAUCUCCUGGGGGUGUUGGGUUUGAUAUAAACUGUGGUGUGAGGUUGCUCCGGACAAAUUUGACCGAAGGAGAUGUGUCCGAAAACAAGGAGUCGCUGGCACAAAGCCUCUUCGACCACAUUCCUGUGGGUGUUGGCAGUAGAGGUGUCAUUCCAACGUCAUCUGCGCACUUAGAUGCUGCAUUAAAUAUGGGCAUGGACUGGAGCAUACGCGAAGGUUACUCUUGGGCUGAGGACAAGGACCACUGUGAGGAGGCCGGGCGUAUGCUGCAAGCGGACCCAACCAAAGUGUCGAGACGUGCAAAGAAGCGUGGACUUCCGCAGAUGGGUACAUUGGGAGCUGGGAAUCAUUAUGUCGAAAUCCAAGUUGUAGAUGAGGUUUACGACAUGCACGCCGCCAAUCGCAUGGGUCUUGGUAUGGUGGGACAAGUCGCAAUAAUGAUUCAUUCUGGUUCUCGUGGUCUUGGCCACCAGGUGGCGACGGACGCGCUACUUGCCAUGGAACGCGCCAUGGAGCGUGAUGUAGGUUUGGUAACCAACGACCGGCAGCUCGCUUGUGCACGCAUAAAUUCUGACGAGGGAAAAGAUUAUCUCGGAGCCAUGGCCGCAGCUGCAAACUACGCCUGGGUCAAUCGCUCAUCCAUGACUUUCCUUGCUCGCCAGGCCUUUGCCAAGCAAUUUGGAUCGACUCCUGAUGACCUCGAUAUGCAGGUUGUCUACGAUGUUUCUCACAAUAUUGCCAAAACAGAGGAACACUUUGUCGAUGGAAAACUUCGGACGCUGCUGGUUCAUCGCAAGGGAGCAACGCGUGCGUUUCCCCCAAACCAUCCUCUCGUCCCCGUUGACUAUCAAUUUACUGGUCAGCCAGUACUUGUCGGUGGUACUAUGGGCACCUGCUCCUACAUUCUCACUGGGACCGAGCGUGGCAUGGCGCGAACGUUUGGUUCCACCUGCCACGGGGCAGGCCGUGCUUCUUCUCGCAACAAGACAAGACGCACCUUGGCCUAUGAAGAUGUCCUAGCCGACCUUGAUAAGAAGGGCAUAUCGAUUCGGAUCGCUUCCCCUAAGCUGGUAAUGGAAGAGGCUCCAGAAGCUUACAAAGAUGUCAAUUCUGUUGUUGAGACUUGCGACUGUGCUGGAAUAUCCAACAAGGCACUCAAACUCCGGCCUAUUGCCGUCAUUAAGGGAUAAUUUUCUGGUUACGUGAGCGGCGUGCUCCUUCCCUUGCUGGAAGGACUGGCCUUUACCGGUUGGACAUGUGGGCACGGCAAAUCACAAUUGUCGUGGAGAUUUCCUGGCUUGAAAGCGAAAACUUCGACGUAGGGCCAUGACCAGAUCAGGGGGGGCACCAUCCCUCAUAUAGAAAACCGACCAGGCCCGGCGGCGCCCCCGGCGCCCCCGGGCCCCACU